UCUCUGCGUUUUUGCUUCUUGCAAACUACUACUCCAUAUGGCUAAAGAAGAGAAGAAAGUUGAAGUGAUUACAGCCGUUUACAAAGCACAUUUGCAUUGCCCAAAAUGUGCACAUGACAUUCAAAAGCCCCUCUUAAAAAUCCCAGGAGUCCAUAAAGUUGAAGCAAAAUUUGACAAGGGUGAAAUCACAGUAAAAGGGGCCAUUGAUGCCAAGAAGAUUAACACCAGACUCCAAAAAUGGAGCAAGAAAAAAGUUGAAUUAGUUUCUGAGACAAAAUCCAAGGAAGAUGAGAAAAAGAAGGAAGCUAUAAGAGCAAUCACUAUGAAGGCGUUCUUGCAUUGCGAUCAAUGCGAAAGGGAAGCACGUAGGCGACUCUUAAUGCACAGAGGUAUACAUAAUGUUAAGACAGACAUGAAAGCACAAACGAUAAUGGUUGAAGGAGUUAUAGAGGCAGAGAAGCUGAAGGCAUACAUGAAAAAGAAGGUGCACAAAUAUGCAGAAAUUGUGCAAGAAAAGAAGAAAGAGGAGGAGAAGAAAGAGAAAGUGGUUAAGGUUGUUGAGGAGAAAACCACUGUGAUUAAGGAGUUUAAGGAAGUUGAGAAAGUAGAAGUGAAAGCAAAGGAUGGUGGAGCUCCAUAUUUCAUACAUUAUGUUCAUGCUCCUCAGUUGUUUAGUGAUGAAAAUCCUAAUGCUUGUGCCAUUAUGUAAAUACAAAAACAUGUUUUGGUUGAUUAUGAAACAAUAAGAGGGGCUUCUUGGUAUGA